AGAUGUCUCUAAUGUCUUUGCCUAGUAAAGACUCUUACAUGAAACUUGCCUGGCCUGUCUUAUUCCUGUUCUAAACGGCUCUUGAAUUCAUGCCACGUCUCACCUACACACGCAGUGCGCUACAGAUUAUACCUUGGCUCUCAGAACUUGUAUUAGGUGUGCAAUCUUUGGUUUUGCGUGUGAUGAGAAGAAAAAGGAGGCAGAGAAAGCGAAAGAAACAGAGAAGAAUACAUACUGUGGUUGUCUUGCAAUUGAGGGAUGUGCUUCUUGGUCACUGAAGAAUUGGAUAGGUUGACUUGAACUCUUCAGCUCUCUAUGACUUGAACUCUUCAGCAAAUCACACUUGGUCAGCUAUCUAUUGAUCUACCACCUGCCUAAAUAGUGAAUCUGAAGACAGCAUUGUGGUAUAAAAUGUGUGGCUCCAGCAGUCAGUUGUGAAGAUCACAGAAUAAACACCAACCACUUCCUCACUUUGCUUUUCAUGAUGUAAAUGAACUGAGUCUCUGACCAAUGAGCAGCUGAACCAUGGACAGACUAAAAGAAACUUUCUGGACUGUUUUUUUAAAUCAGUUCUUUUCUACCCCCAUGGGAGCCUAUUAACGGAUAAUAGUGGAAAGGCAAAAGAAGAGAAAGGGGAAGAAAACACCUUGAACUGGAAAGCGAUCCUACAAUGAGAAUUACGAGCACGUCUUGCAUCUGCCCAGUCCUAGUUUGUCUCUGUUUUGUGCAGAGGUGUUAUGGAACUGCACAUCAUGGCUCCAUCAAGGUGACCAGAAACCAGACCAAACAUAUAGAGGGGGAAACGGAAGUGCACCAUCGUCCCAAACGUGGAUGGGUGUGGAACCAGUUCUUUGUUUUAGAAGAGCACUUGGGACCAGAUCCUCAGUAUGUCGGAAAGCUGCACUCCAAUUCCGACAAAGGUGAUGGAUCAGUCAAAUACAUCCUUACAGGUGAAGGGGCUGGGACUAUCUUUGUUAUUGACGACACGACGGGAGACAUCCAUUCAACCAAAAGCCUAGACCGGGAAAAGAAAACCCAUUAUGUGCUGCAUGCACAAGCUAUUGACAGACGGACAAACAAGCCACUUGAGCCUGAAUCAGAGUUUAUUAUCAAAGUACAGGACAUCAAUGACAAUGCGCCAACAUUUACAGAUGGACCUUACAUCGUUACUGUGCCAGAGAUGUCUGAUAUGGGUACCUCAGUCCUUCAGGUGACAGCUACAGAUGCUGAUGACCCCACCUAUGGAAAUAGUGCUCGGGUGGUGUACAGUAUUCUUCAGGGACAGCCAUAUUUCUCUGUUGACCCUAAAACAGGAGUCAUCAGGACAGCAUUGCAUAACAUGGACAGGGAAGCCAGAGAACAUUAUUCGGUUGUCAUUCAAGCCAAAGAUAUGGCUGGACAAGUUGGAGGGCUGUCGGGAUCGACCACUGUAAAUAUAACACUCACUGAUGUCAACGACAAUCCCCCCAGGUUCCCUCAGAAACAUUAUCAACUGUAUGUUCCUGAGUCGGCACAAGUUGGUUCUGCAGUAGGCAAAAUCAAGGCUAAUGAUGCGGACACUGGGUCAAAUGCAGAUAUGAAGUACACCAUCAUAAAUGGGGAUGGCUCCGGAGUGUUUUCCAUUUCAACUGACAAAGAAACAAGAGAAGGGAUUAUUUCCUUGAAGAAGCCACUCAACUAUGAAAAAAAGAAAUCCUAUACUCUUAAUAUAGAAGGAGCAAAUACCCACCUCGAUUUCCGCUUCUCACACUUAGGACCUUUUAAAGAUGUAACUAUGUUGAAGAUCAUUGUUGGGGACGUGGACGAGCCUCCGUUGUUCACUUUGCCUUCCUAUGUCAUGGAUGUUUAUGAAAAUGCCAAGAUUGGGACUGUUGUGGGCACAGUUACAGCACAAGAUCCAGACAGUGCAAACAACUUAGUAAGAUAUUUCAUUGACCACAAUACAGGAGAGGAUACGUAUUUCACCAUUGAUGCAAACACUGGGACCAUCAAAACUGCCAAGGCCUUUGACAGAGAAGAAACUCCUUGGUACAACAUAACAGUUACUGCUUCUGAAAUUGAAAGUCCUGGCCUCCUUAGUCAUGUCACCAUAGGAAUUAAAAUUCUUGACGUCAAUGACAACCCUCCAGAGCUUGCUGGAGACCAUGAUGUAGUUGUCUGUGAGAAUGCAAAGCCUAACCAGGUUAUUCAGACAAUCGGUGCCACUGACAGAGAUGACUUUGCAAAUGGUCAAAGAUUCCACUUUUCUCUAGACAACAGUUUCCCUUUGAAUCCCAACUUUACCCUGAAGGACAACGAAGAUAACACAGCCAGUAUCCUGACCAGGCGGAGGAGAUUUAGUCGGACUACCCAGGAUGUGUAUUACCUCCCUAUUGUGAUCUCUGAUGGAGGAAUCCCUUCUCUCAGCGGUAGCACCACUCUUGUGAUACGGGUGUGUGCAUGUGAGCGAGAUGGGCGUGUGCGGACCUGUCACGCAGAAGCAUUCCUCUCGUCUGCUGGACUGAGUACAGGAGCCUUAAUUGCCAUCCUGCUGUGUGUCGUCAUUCUCCUGGCAAUAGUGGUCCUUUUCAUCACACUAAGACGCAGCAAAAAGGAGCCUCUGAUCAUUUCGGAGGAAGAUGUCCGGGAAAAUGUUGUUACCUAUGAUGAUGAGGGAGGAGGUGAGGAGGAUACUGAAGCUUUUGACAUCACUGCCCUACGAAACCCAUCAGCUGCUGAGGAACUGAAGUAUCGAAGGGAUGUUCGGCCUGAAGUGAAGCCCACCCCCAAGCAUCCCACUUCAUCCAGCCUUGACAGUAUAGAUGUUCAGGAAUUUAUUAAGCAAAGACUGGCAGAAGCAGACCUCGACCCUAGCGUGCCCCCAUAUGAUUCCCUACAGACAUACGCAUAUGAGGGUCAAAGAUCAGAAGCUGGAUCUAUCAGCUCUUUGGAUUCAGCUACUACUCAUUCUGACCAGGAUUAUAAUUACCUUGGUGAUUGGGGACCAGAGUUUAAGAAGGUAGCUGAACUUUAUGGAGAAAUGGAAUCUGAAAGAACAACUUAAUUUUCUUUAUCAUUGUCCAAAUAAGGAACAUUUUCGUUCCCCAAGCAACUUGGAGACAUAAUGACAACCAUGGUUUAAAAGCAAAAGAUCUAUCUGAAUAUAUUAUAUAAAUACAGUACUUGGAGCAAACUGAUGUACACAGUUACUGUAGAAACAAGUGCCCUUUUCACAUUUGAAACUGGGUUCUUCAGUUGGGAGAAAGUCAAAUUUGGAAGAAGAAAUACACCCUCAAAGGAAAAGAUUGUCCCCUUGUGUAUAUUUUUAAUUGCUCAAUAAAGUCUGUGGUGCGGUAUCAGUAACAAUACCCUAAGUAAGCCAAGCAAUGGCCAAUAUUAUUGCAAUAUCCAUAAAUAUCCCCAGAGCUACAGUGAGUCUAUACUGGUGCCUACUCAUGAGAAGAACUAAUAUUAUUUGGAUGGUUAACAUAAUAUAUCUAGCUCUGUUUACAGGCUUAGGGGUUUGAGGUAAUGGUGUGGAGGGUUCAUUUGCUUUUUGUUUUAAUAAAUCCCAGCAAUCCUAUUACUUUCAGGAGGAUAUACUGGAAUUAUUCAGUCAAGUGCCAUUGUAGUGUCUGCCUGUACCAACAUCCAGCUGAAUUUUGUUUAUUUACACAUCAGUGUUGUUGGGGACUGCAACAUUUCAUUUGGCCAGACUUAAUCUUUCCAUCCACGGAGAGGUAAUAAGCCAAGCAUUAAAUUGCUCCUUAUUGAAACAAGCUCAUAAUUCCCCCCUCCCCUCCCGCCAGAACUUUGCAGUUACUGAGUGGUAUCGAAGCUGUUGCUUCCAUUGUAUAGUUAUUUUGCCUGCUAUUUUAACAGCUUUUUCAAAGCAACAACAGGAUUUUUUUUAAUUUAAAUUGAACAGAUUAAAUUUCUUUCUGCAAUGAAGUAGAAGGUUAAUAGGCGUUCUCAGUUUUGUUUUUUUUAAAGGCAUUGUUAUAUUAUGUAUUAAGCUAUGCAACAGCUUGGGUUGCCUGAUCUUCAUUGGGACUGGUGAAUGUAGAUAAGAUGUUAUCAGUCAUAUGCUGCUCCAAAUCCAAAACCGAAAUCAUCGCUUGGUAAGGUGUUACCAUAGCCAUGUCUGUAUGUUCAUGUGAUGGCACAGAACAUUUCAGGCAAUUCCAAUGUAUGGAUCAGCAUCCCUGGAAAGACUUUGGGCACAACAAACAGCCUGAAAGCAUAUGAUGUGAAUCCCACCUCUGAAGCUAAACGGGUCUGGGCCAUUCAAUGCAAUGCGCCAAAGGGCAGCACCAGUACAAGACAUGCACAUCACUGGUGUGCAAAGCAGAGCUGUAAAAGUACCUUAAAUUUUUCUAAAAAAAAUUAUUGUCAGAGCAUAGAGCUAUUCUUUAUUGCAGCAACACCCAAUAAGUUUGGAGGGACAUGCCCUUGUUUUAUGUCUAAGAAUUUCAGUUGAUUGAUUAUAUGUUGGAUUUAUGCUGCUUUGGGUCAUUUGUUGAAGAUUGUGUGCAUAUUUUAUAUUACUUCUAGUGUAUUUUAAACCCAGCUUUAUAUGGCUAAAGCUGUUUUGGUCCUUCAAAACAUGUUGGGUAGUUCCAUAAAAAC